AACAUACCCGCGGCCUCAUGAGUACCUGUCCCCAUCGGAUCUGCCCAAGAGCUGGGACUGGCGGGACGUGAAUGGCGUCAACUACGCCAGCAUCACCAGAAACCAGCACAUCCCCCAGUACUGCGGCUCCUGCUGGGCACAUGGCAGCACCAGCGCCAUGGCAGACCGGAUCAACAUCAAGAGGAAGGGUGCGUGGCCUUCCACCCUGCUGUCGGUGCAGCACGUCCUGGACUGCGGUGACGCCGGCUCCUGUGAGGGCGGCAACGACCUGCCGGUGUGGGAGUACGCCCACCGGCACGGCAUCCCCGAUGAGACCUGCAACAACUACCAGGCCAGGGACCAAGAGUGUGACAAGUUCAACCAGUGUGGGACGUGCACCGAGUCCAAAGACUGCCACGCCGUGCAGAACUACACCCUGUGGAAAGUGGGCGACUAUGGCUCCCUCUCCGGGAGGGAGAAGAUGAUGGCAGAAAUCUAUGCAAAUGGUCCCAUCAGCUGCGGGAUCAUGGCGACCGAGAAGAUGGAGCGGUACGGGGGCGGCAUCUACGCCGAGUACUACGACCAGGCCUACAUCAACCACAUCGUGUCCGUGGCCGGCUGGGGCGUCAGCGAGGGCACGGAGUACUGGAUCGUCCGGAAUUCCUGGGGAGAGCCGUGGGGCGAGAGAGGCUGGAUGAGGAUUGUGACCAGCACCUACAAGAACGGGACAGGGGCCAGUUACAACCUUGCCAUCGAGGAGUCCUGUACGUUCGGGGACCCCAUCCUUUAAGGUGAUGUUUCUGGAACAGCAGCUUUGAGAAGUGAC